UUUAGGUUCGAUGGGCAAUCUUGCUUUACAUAAACCAAUGAAAGCAUCAGAGUUUUAUAGAUCAGGCUCUCAAGGUACACAAGCUAACAAUGGCGAUGUUGCUGACCCAAUCGGACAUUAUGCAUCACAUUCGAGUGUGAAGGACCCUUUCUGGCGAGUGGACCUACUCGACUUUUAUCUUGUCACAACGGUUGAAAUUGUAACUCGUUUAGAUGGCUUCUCUCACGAAAAUGACGAAAUGGAAGUUCGAGUUGGUAAGUCCGGUUUUAGAAAGGUUGGAUUACGCUAUUCACAGAAUAGUAAUUUUUUGAAAUAGCGACAAUUGAAACGUAGACGGAUUUCCAGCAGUUUUAGUUCGGGGGGGUUCGAAAAUUCGAGGGGAUGUAGCUCGAACAAUAGGAGAAAUUGGAAGUUGCUACUCAGUGGUGGAUUGGGCAGAAAUACAAUACACACGUGUCGCUGAAGGACCAGAUUUAUUAAUAAACGUUGUCGACUAACAUAGAUAAUGAGUUAUAUUGUUAUUCUAAUGAUUUCACAGCCAUCUUCCCUUAGAUAGGCUAUGUUUAGUUCAAAAUUCUUAUUUUAAUAUAAUCGUACUGCUGUCAUUUUAAUCUAAUAAGCAUUCGAAUUCCUGGGGAGUGUAAAAAUUACUCUACGUGAGAUAAAGGGCUGCAAAUAUUUUUUGGGCACCCCUGCACCGCCCACCAAAAAAUCCGUCUGGCCAACGACAGAAACAAAAACAACUAAACGACGAAACAGCAACAGUAUGUAACUACUUAACAACUAAAGCUGGAGUUACACGAGCAACAACAUUGCUGCAACUUGCAACAAAAUCUGAUUUCAACGCAUGUUAAGUAGAAAUGUCGACACAUGUUGCCUUGUGAUUUGUAAUUUAUGUGUAUAAACAUUUUCAAUUAACAUGCGUUGAAAUAAGAUUUUGCUGCAAGUUGCAGCAAUUUUGUUGCUAUACCUUAAAGAGCAACAACUAAAACACAGCCGCAACAACGACAACAGCUAAAAAUAAAAACAAAGUCCCCUUCCAAUAUUUCCAUCUUUUGAUGAAAUGUUUUUGUAUACCACUUCACAGGAAACAGUUUAGAGAACGAGGGGAAUUCAAAUCCACUAUGCGGUGAACCUAAGGAUUUAAGUAACUUGCCCAGUCAUGUAUAUCGCUGUGAACUCUACGGAAGAUAUGUAAAUGUAAAGAAAUCGGAGAUUCCAACCGUUUAUAUUUUAUCAUUGCAAGAAGUUUUUGUUAAUAAAGAACCGACAAGUAAGUACUUCACUAAAACUAAACCAAGCUAAACAAACUAUUUUGUACUUUAUUGCUCCGUUAGUUUUAAACUACUCUCCCUAUUAAAGGACAAUAGCUCAUUAGAAAGAACGUUUAAAAUUAUCUAUAAAAUCUUCUUACAUAUUUUUUUAUGUCAAGCUUAACUCUUGAAAUAUUUUGACUGAAAGCAAUGAGCCGUCCGCCAUCUUGGACCAAGUUUCUGUUUUCUACGUAAUGCAGUUUCUUUUUAUUGGGGGUAAUACUAAUACGAGAGAGUUCAUGCCAAUCUGGAUAGCCGUGCAAUCUGCACGAUAUUAAUCAUAAGUAAUCGAUUAAUGUUUAACUAUAAUUAGUAAUAGAAAUACAGUCGAACCUCUAUUAAGCGGCCCUCCAUUAAGCGGCCACCCUCUAUUAAACGGCCACAUAUCAAAGUCCCGAAAUUUUUGUAAUACAAAUACUAUAAACUAUCCGAUCCCUCUAUUAAACGGCCACCUCUAUUAAGCGGCCGCGGCUAUCCAAAACCCAGCGGGCAAAAUGACGUUUAUCCAACGUUGAAUCAACGUUGGCAAUGACCUUCCAGACGUUGGAUAGACGUUGAAAAAGGGUUGACUAUGCAAAUUGGAUAGACAUUAAUGUUUCGACGUUGAAACAACGUUGAAAUUAGGUUGCCAAUCUCGUCAACCAUAAUUCAACGUUGAAUCCACGUUAAAACAACGUUGAGAUUGGUUCACAAAUCGACGUCGUACAUUUAACCAUGAAUGAACGUUAAUUCAACGUCUGUUGGCUGCGGUUGAACAAAUGUUUGUAAAACAACGUCAGAGCAACGUAGAUAUUAGUUUGUCGACGUCGUAACCUUUUUUCUACCAAAUUUCAACGUUGAAACAACGUCGUGUGCCCGGUGGGAAGGCGGUCCCAAAUGAUGUUUUAUGUCAAUUUUUACCUCUAUCAAGCGGCCAGCCUGCAGGAUUUUUAGGUUUAGAUAUAGGUAAUGAGAACCAUAUUGGUGUCCUAGUAAUAAAUUUAUGCCACAAUAUAGUCCCUAAAUGUUUGUUCGAAAGGUUUAGUGUGAAAUAUAAUAGUGUGAUGUCCUCGUGUUGUUGGCACAAUGUAUGCCUGUGAAAAAAAUGUUAUAGUAGAUGAAACUAAGAAUUAAAGAUAAAAUCACUAUUGUAUUCUGUGAUUUAUAAUUAAAAUUGGCCAUUUGACUACGCCCAGGGUCUAUUAUUUGCGUACCUCUAUUUAGCGGCCACCUCUAUUAAGCGGCCACAAAGCCGAUCCCCGAGCGUGGCCGCUUAAUAGAGGUUCGACUGUAUACUCAGUAUAUUUAUGUGAACUAUAAUCUAUAUAUGGUAUAGCGAAAUGACCGUGGCUACUUGUUAAAUGUGCAGUCCACACUAUUUGCAGGUUUUAAACAUCUCUGCGAUAAACGCCAGAAUUGCAGGAUCCGUGCUGGUUAUAAAACUAUCAGAGUUAUUGACAAAAACCUGACCCAAAACAAACACUAACUGGUGAUGGCGCGACGCACAUUACGGUCGAAAUUAUAUCGCAUUUUUUUCUCAAUAUAUUUUGACCAAAAACAAAUUUGACCAAAUUUCAAUAUUUGUGAAAGACGGUGUAUUUUUUAGGUGUUAGUUUUUUUUUAAAACAAAUCUAACUUAAUUUCUAUCAGAUAGCACAAUCAGUUUUAAACUCUUCUCUUCAGAGCAAGGGCAUCCUUUAUUAGUCCAGUUUAACUACUGGAGAAAACGGAAGUACCUAAGAAAACCAUCCUCGUCCCCAGGGCCUCUCGCAUCCUCUCUAGGCCCUGGGACACACGGAACCGGAAGUGCAGGAAAACUUGCAGUAGUUUCUAAAGCGCAUUCUCUUGAAUUGGGACGCUUUAGCACCCGUAAAAAUUUUCACAGUGAAGUAUUACGAAGAAACGAAGUGUUUGUGUUGACAUAUUUUGAUAGGAUAAUUUUGCCUAGCGAAAACUGGUCAACUUCUGCGAAAUAGUAGCUCUGUGAGAAGCCAAUCAUAUCUCUCCCUCUCCCUUUAGUCUAAUUUUCAACAAACUGCUCCUGUUUAGAUGUUAAGGUGCAGUUACACGAGCAACAAAAUUGCUGCAACUUGCAACAAAAUCUGAUUUCAACGCAUGUUAAUUGAAAAUGUAUACACAUAAAUUUCAAAUCACAAGGCAACAUGUGUCGACAUUUCUACUUAACAUGCGUUGAAAUCAGAUUUUGUUGCAAGUUGCAGCAAUUUUGUUGCUCGUGUAACUCCAGCUUUAAACUAUAUAGUGUUUCCUUCAAAGUUUUCAUCCCUAAAAUACCCGGAACAAUUUGCCGUUUCGUUGAGCGAGAUUUCAAAAAUAUCGUCCAGUUUUGCAGGGCGAACAAUUUUCGACGGUGUUGAACUGAUUUGAAUGAAUCUUUAAUUGCUGUCUGCUUUUCUUUUCAAGCAAACGUUGCUUUUGGCAAAACCACAUUCCACAGCUCAAUGCAUCAAGUGGCCACCGGCUCUGACAAGGCGGUAGAUGGAACAGUUAUGCACUUUAAUUCAAAAUCUGGUUAUUUUCCACAUUGGUGGAUGAUUGAUUUGGGAGAGACCAUAGCCAUUGUGAAAAUAUUUCUCGUGCAUAUACACAAGAUUGACAGAUUGACCAAGAUGAUUGUAACUAUUGGUAUGUAUGAUUGGGCCCGGUGCCACUUGAUUAUAGUUUUAUUUAUAUAUUUAUUCUCUUAAUAAACAGUGGUGGGAAGUAGCAAAGUAGUUGUAGUUCGUUCCGUACUGUAGCGAAUUACAAUUUUCAAGUAGUGAGUAGUUUUGACUACUUUUUUAAAACAGUAGUUGUAGCUGUAGUUGUAGCUAGCAUUUUUUCAGUAGCGAAGUAAUUGAUUCCUAGUAUUUCAAGCAACAACUGCUAUUCGCUACUUUUCAAAUUUCGCAUAAUUUGAAAUCGACGCAUAAACAAAAUAUGGUGCCGCACCAAAUCUCACCACCAAGAACGUCAGAGUAAUUUGAUAAGGCUUUCUUAUACAUAGCCAGCGCUCAAUCUUCUAACCUUGUUGUAACACUGUAUACAGUAACUCAGGGGAUAAGUUAGCCAGCGAUUAGCUAGCCGAGUUCUCCAAUAACUUGCCCGAGGUUGUGUUCAUACACAAGUACGGACCAUCUUUCAAGAUGAUCCACAUGCAUGCAGCGUUUAUGUCAGUGACAGUGGUUGAUAUACUACUUUCCUUUUGCUCAAGUUUGUGUCAAAAUUUGAAAUACUCAAUAAGAAAAGUUAACGAGUAGAGAAUGCCGUUUAGUUUAGCUCUACUGUAGUACGUACACUGUUUUUUGCCGCUUGAUGUAUUUAGUUUUAAUUUUGUUUCAUUUUAGGUGACAGUUCAACCGACCAUGGCAAGGAUAACCCGCGAAUGGGUGGUAUACAUGAUUUUAGCAAAAGCCAAACAACCACUCUGUAUAAUAAUCCCCGUAUGUCUGGUCGUUAUGCGACUAUUGAAUCAUUAAGAGAUGAGCAAAUUGCCUUUAUGGAAAUUGAGUUAUAUUCGGAGUCGAUGCGUAAGUAUUUGAAACUUGGUUAG